AUUUUUGAAGUUUUGUAUUUUUUUUGUAAUGACAAUCAAUGUCGACAUGUAAGUAUGCCUUCUUUUAACACUAAAUGAGUGGUGAAAGUCGAACUUCAUACUAUUUAAUAUUUAUUUUUAAGGAUAAAUUUAAUUCUUACACUGGCAACUUUGCCUAACUUUUUUUACGCUUUCAACACCGCGUUGUUUUUCUGUCAUCAGUCAUCAAAUCAGCUGUGUAUCACACACAGGGAACAUGUACAUAAUAAAUGUGCGUAUUAAAUUAUUCGUGUGAAAAUGUCCACUGAUAAAAAAACUCAAUGUUUAUGAUAAAUUCAUUGUCAAAGAGCAAUGGCGCGGCGGAGCGGCAGCGGGAUAACUAGCCUGGGGUUUAACCAGGACCAAGGCUGCUUCACUUGCUGCCUCACAUCAGGCCUGCGCGUCUACAAUGUGGAACCGCUCGUGGAGAAAGCACAUUACAGCAAAGAAGAGCUUGGCGAGGUGUCCCUCUGCGAGAUGGUGUUUCGCACCAACUGGCUCCUAGUAGUGAAGGCGAGGCGGCCAUGCACGCUGCUGUUGCUGGACGACCAGCAAAGAGCAUUCCGGGCCGAGGUGCUCUUCAAGUCGCCCAUACGCGCGCUGCGAGCGCGUCGAGACAAAGUGGCAGUAGUGUUGUCUUCAAGUAUACAAGUUCUGUCCCUGCCGUCGCUACAACGGGUCGCGCUAGUGCGGACGCCGGCUGGCUCCCGACACCUGUGCGCUUUGGCCACGGAGCCGGGCGCGGCGCUGCUCGCCGCGCCUGCGCCGAGGAAAGGCUCAGCGCAGCUACUGGACGUGUCCCGGGCGGUAAAAGGUGCCCAAUCGAGUUCCCCAGCCGUCCUCGGCUGCCAUCAGAGCGAGCUAGUGUGCCUAGGUCUCUCGGCCAACGGCGCGAAGCUGGCGACGGCGUCGGCGAGGGGCACCAUCAUACGGCUGUGGGACACCGCGUCCAAGCAAAUGCUGCACGAACUGAGGCGGGGGUCUGACUACGCUAACGUAUUUUGUAUAAAAUUCAACCCGGCCGGCACGCUGGUGUGCUGCGUGUCGGACAAGGGCACGCUGCACGUGUGGGCGGCGCGCGGCAGCUACGCGCACGUGGCGGCCGCCGGCGCCGCGCCCGACACGCGGGCGCUGUGCGCCUUCGCGGGGGACGACCAGGCUGUCGUGAUAUGUGAAGACGGCACGUUCCACAAGUUCACUUUCUCGGCCGAGGGCAGCUGCCAUCGGAGUGAGUUCGAGUAUUUCAUGCAAGUGGGCGAUGAUGACGAGUUCCUGCAAUGAUACAGCUUACAACCACAAUAGUUUUCUCAAAAACUAUGUAUACUUAAAUAAAAAGUGAAUACCACAGACUAAAUAGAUCCGCAAGUGUCAUCAUAUAAGAUACUCGGAUAAGUGUGCAAUCUUUGCAAUUAUAAGUAAACAAAUCGUGUCCAUUACUUUAAUUUUAUACGAAUGUCAGUAACCUAGUUUUUUUUUUUUUUUUUUUUAAUAUUUUAUUCUAUAAUCCUUGUGUAAAUAUUUCUAGUUUAAGUUACAUGAUAAUAUAAAAUUCUUGUAAAUUAUUAAUGUGUCUACCAAUUCUAAAUAUUAUAUAGUUGUUUAAUAAUUGUGAAAAAUGUGUUCUAUGUAAAAUAACAUAAAAGGUUUUCGAAUUUUAUAGUAAAAAGAAAACCGUUUAGAUUAAUAUAAACAUGUGAUCUAGGGCUUUUAAAGUUAGAUUUAAUAAAAGACAAGCUCUAUAUUAUUUCGCUAUGGCAAUAAAAAUGAGUGAAUGGAAACGAUUGAAUGAAUGGUUUAAAGGAAUGUAACUGAAUGAUUAAAUGAGUCGCUUAGGCGUAUAUAUGAUACCAUAUUUUAGUUCUUUUGCAUUCCUAUUUUUCGUACCCAUUUUCUAUUCAAAGAAUUUAUUCGAACUUUUCGAAACGAUUCGAAAGACUAGCAACGCACUUGCAAACGCUCUGAUGUUGCAGAUGUCCAUGGGUGACAGUUAUUGCUUACCGCCAGGCGAUUCGACAACAAAAAAACUUUUCGAGGUUCGAAACACGUGAAGAAAUUCUCUAAUAUAGGUAUGCAAAAAGUGUAAUAAAUCGAAUGAAAGGUUUUUUUUUUUAUAAACUAAGUUUCAUUAAAUAUAAACGUUUAUUUACUCGUAAUAAUCAUUUUUGUUAUUUUUAUUUAGUUUGAACCAAAAAUUGUGAUAUAGAAUCAGUUUUUAUUUUUAAUGUUGUAAUCUGUGUUCAUGGUAAUAAAUUAAUAAUUAUAUUUACUCAUCAUAGCUCAAAUAUUUUUUUCUAUUGUACCUUCUUGCAUUUGCUCAUUUUAAUGGAAAACAGAAAAUUUAAGCUAUCACUUUAGCUUUCAAACUAUUUUAGACAGAAAAUAUUCAAUAAUUGUUUCAGUGUAAAUCACUGUUAUUCAUCUAUAAAAACACUUUUUUCUAAGGUCAUUUAUGCACUCGCAUUCUUUAUCAUCGAUUAUUUAAAACUGCGUCUAAAUCGUUAAAAAUCGCCGGUCAAAAAUGUCAGUGUAAGACCUCACGUGACCGCAUCUCCAUAGGAACUUAAUCCCCAUUUUCCUCUCUGGAUUUUAAAUAUUUACGUUUGUAUGGAGACACGGUCGUCCACUAUCCUCUUUAUUAUCUCACUUGUUCAAAGUAUAUAUUACUGUAACUACCUAUGUAAAUAAUUAUAUUAUUAUAGUUUAUAUACAAUUGUAAUCGAAUGAUGUUAGCUUUUUGUCAACUACUGUAUACUGUUGUCAUCUUGUUUUAAACAUUAUUGUUUCUAAAAAGGGGGAAUUUUUAAAAAUUUGUUCAUAUCUAAUACUCUGUAUCUUUAGGUAUUUAAAUAAAAGUAAACAGAAUCUACCCUCAAAUGGCUCCUUAAGCCGGUUGAGGGUAGAUGAAAACAUUACAUGAUGAAAUAAUGUAGGUUAAAGGUCGUUCAGUGAUAGAUCCAGGUUUUGUAUUUGGUUGGUUAACCAAUAAAUGUUAUAACUACCCGAAAAUGUACACAUUGUUUACUUUUAUUUAAAUACCUAAAGAUGCAAAGUAUACUUAACCAGGACCGCUGCAUACUUCGGCAUUAAAACAGGGCUUAGCUGCCAGUUUACAAGCAUACAAAUCAAUUUCUUCUGAAUGGUAAAAAAAAAUACAUUGCAUAGCAACUUUAUGAUAGCCAACAACCUGAAGUGGUAGGGGGGCUGCGUGUGCGCCAUUCCGUCUAAGUGCGCCUACCUUGAAUAUAUCGAAAACUGCUUAUAGAAUACUAGUAAUAUUUACUAUACUCUGUUUAUUUAGGUAGUUAAAUAUAAGUAAACAAUUUGUAAAUUUUCGGGUAGUUAUAACAUUUAAUGGUUAACUAACCAAAUACAAAACCGCCUGUGGAUCUGUCACUGUCCAACCUGACUUUAACCUACCUUAUUUGAUCACGUAAUGUGUUCAUAUACCCUCAACUUAAAGAGCCAUUUGAGGUUAGAUUUUGUUUACUUUUAUUUAAAUACCUAAAGAUACAGAGUAUAGUAGCCUGUAGUUUUAUUACUAGUAUUCUAUAAUCAAUUUUCGAUGUAUUCAAGGUAGACGCACUUUGCCCACCUACUAUAUAUCCAAGUACUAACCUAGGUAAGAACUAUUGACUUAAAUGCUUUGACAAGCACAUUUUAAAUGUAAAUACUUUUUCAUGGAGUUUCAGAGGACACUAUUUUUUUACAAAAUUGCAUGCAACAGGGACUCCACUGUUUUGGAAAUUCUAAAAUAAAAACUUCUUUAUAUUAA